CGGAGAGCGCGUUCUUUUAUCCGGUAGAUCCAAGCCCACUUGGUUAAUUAGAACUUGUUUUGUUUGCAUUCAUCAACGCGCUGCUGAUAGCUGAACCGGAAGACUGCAAUCUGUUGUCUCGAAAUUCGACGAUCCUCUCAUAUCAUGUUCAAGUCUUUCUGGGGUUCUCAAGAACAAGAAGCUCAGUCGAGACCUCAAGAAAUCCCUACGGACUCAUGGUAUCCUCCAUCCGUAAUUAGCUCCCAACAUUCUUCUCGGCCUGGUACACCUAAUAGCAGCUCUUCAAGCAGCUUCUCAGCCAGGCCUGGUGAUAGAACUCAAUCUCUCUCUCCUGUUUCACCUGCCGAGGCUGCAGGCAUUAUUGUUUAUUUGAAGGACAAGAGUGUUGAUGAAUUACGGAGACUCUUGGCGGACAAAGAUGCAUAUAAUCAGUUAUUACUGUCUCUUGACAUGGUCAGAACUCAAAACCAUGUAAGGGAUGAACUCAAGAAUGAAACUCUGCAGCUUGCUAGGAAUAACCUGGAAAAAGAAUCUUAUUUGAUGGAGUUGCAGAAUCAGUGCAGAAUUAUCAGAACAACUGAACUGGCAACCGCUCAAGAAAAGCUAAACGAACUUGAGAGACAGAAGGCAGAGAUCAUGAAGUCUUAUUCUCCAGCAUCCCUACUCCAUCAGAUUCAAGUGGAUUUGAAUAACAUAGAUGAAGAAUCUGAAACCCUCCACAAGCAGCUUCUUGAUCAAGAAUGUGAUCUCCCAGUUUUUGUGCAGAAGUAUAAAAAGUUGCGAAAUACAUAUCAUAAGCGUUCCCUCACCCAUCUUGCUGCUAAGACAUCUUUGAUGGGAUGAAACUGAGCACAUAUGAAAUGUAGAAGAGCCAGGUGGAGACUUGGAGUUGUGAAAAACUAAAUGAACACAAAACUGAGUGAUCUUUUGUUUCAAAAUGUUGAUUGUGAUAUAUUUUCAUUUUUUACCUGCUUCAGUACACACUACAAAUCUUGUAUAUUAUGUUAAUACAUAUCUAAUACAAUAUAUAAUUAUGUUUCUAUGUUAA